GAAGAUUUGAACAUUGACCGGAUUUUCCGCCCAAAUUGUAGGGACAAAAUAGAGAAGGAAAGAGGAGAUGAUAUCAAGAAUUGGAGACGAGAACAACAACGUCUUAAGGUUCGCACAUUUUCAAUCGUCCAAUCAAAUACUAUUUCUCCAUUUUUCCGCUCUUUCUUUCCUACUUCUCCUUCCCUUCGCUUCCCUUUCUCCAUUUAAACCACAAAGCAAAAAUUGCCCAUUUUUUUUUUUUUUUUGUAAACGCUAACCCUACCCCUAACCGCCACAUCCCCCUCCCUCACUCGAAUGCCGUUAUAAACUCCUGUUUUUUUUUUUUUAGGGUUUGUCUUGGUAAAAAGUAAGAGGAAAUGUUUUGAUUGCUUUGCUGGAAAGAGUUUUAAGAUCAAAUGGCGGAAUAUGCAGCUUCACCGUCAUGUAUCAGGCUACAUCUGCACCCAAGUUUUCUUAAACAGCGAAGAUUUGUGCACCCGAAUUCCAAAUUCAGGACACCUAAAAGCAAGUGUUCCUAUGGAGGCUGUAAAGUUUUCUGGCUUUCAACAUGGAGAAAUUGGAAGGUUGAUAAUCCAUUUUUCUCAAAUUUAAAAGUAAGUCCCAGCUUCAGGGAAACUUCUUUGAGGUCUACUUGCAUGUGGCCUUUAGUGGACUCUGAUGGUAUAACAGCUUCUGAUUGGAUUCCUAUUGGUGAUCAAUUACUUUUGAUGGCUAGUAUAUUUCUUACGUAUCUGGCUGGAGUAAUUCCUGUUCAAAAGUCCAGUUUCACCUUUCAAAAGAACAUAGCUGAUGAUGAUGCCUUUCCCCAAAGCUCAACCUCUUCUGGUAGUGCCAGGACAAACAGUGACCAGGAUAAUUUGAAGCAUAUCUGGGAUGUAGUAAGAGGAAAACUUUUGGAUUCUCUAGACGCUAUUGAGCAUGGGAGUGAUUUCAAAGAUGGAGUCCUUGAUGAGCAACAGCGUGCAAAGCAACCAUUAAGUUUGUACGCUAUAUCUGAAGGUCCAAAGAUAAGAUUGCUUUUGGCUUCUCUUCAGCACCUUGAGGAAGAGGUGAAAAAUGAUGUUGGUUCUCCUGAUACUGGCAAUAUUGAUGAUUGGUUCAUAGCCUUUUCUAAAAUUAUUGAAAAAUCUUGUAAGCCUGUAUGCUUUGCUUGGCUGGAGAAGGAACUUGGACUUGAAACCAAUAAUAUGGAACUUGUUACUCUGAUAACUGAGAAGUUAAAUGGAGACGACACAGUUUUACAAAAUAUUAGAAAGUCGGGGAAGGAAAAUCUGUAUGCAGAAUUGUUGUAUUUUCUUAGAUUUGAUUCUCUAAGGAAGGGUUGUUGUUAUGACCAAAGCUUGUUUACUUUAUAUGGGGAUUCCAUAUUGGAAGAUCUGGUGAUAACUUUAGCAGAUGGGAUAGCAAGCACUUAUUUGGAGCUUAUUUCUGUUGAUGGUAAUUUGUCAGAUGAAGUGAAUAGUCUGGGUUUAACUAUCUGUAAUUUGUCUACUCGUGCUCUCCAAAGGUUGCGUAAUGAGGUGGCUUUAAACCAGUGGUUGUAUCAGAAUCUGGAGGCAAUUGUAUCAAUGUAUGAGGAUCGCUUUGACUUAUGCACACUUAAGAGCCAACUCAUUGGGGAAAAAGGCAGUGAUUAUGCUGAAACUUAUAGUUGGUGGAAGAAGCUUACACUAAGAAAAUAUGAAAGUGUGUCACCUUCAUUCAAUUAUGUUGUGAUAAGCCAUUUCUCUAUGUCUGUAAAACGCACCAAGGAAUUAAGAGCCUUGACAGGGUGGAGGUACUAUUUCAGCCUGUUCCUUGAGUUCUCUGACAUUAGCAUGCCUAUAGUUAGAGCUAUCAUUGACAAAGUGACCAAUGCCAUCUCAUUCUUUCUAGUUUGCUUGAUUGGGAGGUCAUUAGGACUCAUCUAUACUGGAAUUAGGCAGUCACUCAGAUGGAAGUGAGAUGUAAAUGGUACCUUUUUUAUCACAAAUUUCUAUUAGAUUCAUUUUUGCUUGAUGUAGCAGUCCAUGGGAAUGUGAUCUGCAUUGUUACACUGAAACCUUAAUUUUUUGCCUUGAUGCUACCUGAUACUUCUGUAAAUCUUUCGGUCAAUAAAUUGAGGAGUUGUUUCAGUUCUAUGUUAAGAACACUGUUUACUGUUGAUGUGUGAUUUUUACCAGAUAGUUGCAAUUCCAUUUAUGCCCAUUUAAUGUGGAAUUUGUCCUUCUAUUAGCUGUCUCCUCUCCUUUUCUUUUGUUUUUGUGGCUUGUGGAUAGAAACCACCCAGGCUUUAGAGCCAUAUGUGGUCAUCAAGUUACUUUUAGCUUGUGCAUGUGUGUGAGUGAUUUGUGUUUGUUUUUGAGUUUGAGAAGAAGACUUGAGUCUUUUUCUGAAAACAGACAUGGGAAGAUGACAGGCACAGAAACUAUGAUACUUUUGAAAAGAUUGCAAAAGCAAAAGUACAUUUCAGAAGCUUUUUAUUAUACAUUAAUCAAUUCAUGGUGCCUACAACUUUCUAUAAAGCAAUGCAUUCCCGUUCUGAAACUGUGAAUUGAGCUUCCCUGGCUAAGGAGAUCCGUUACUUAGAAAAACUGGGGUUACUGAAAUUAGGGCUAGAGUUCUACUAGCUCAAGACAUACACACUUUUUGCCUUAGGAUUUUGCUAGAGUUGUUAUUUGCAUUGAGAGGCUUGAAAAGAACAAGACUUUUUGUAGUGUGGAGAAAUCCCAUUUCUCUGUGUCAACUUUUUAUUAUCAAACACUUGAGGUUGACAAAAUGGUCAGGAAAAGGAAAAUGAGAAAAUGGAAGAAUAGGUUUUGCAUGAAAGGGUUGAUGAUCACUAUCAAAACUUAAGAAAAAGGAAGAUCUCAAAAUACAAGGCUGGGUGUCUUCUCUCAAAAAAUUGUGGUGAAACUUUCAUGUGCUAAAAUUGUAGAAUCAUCAAAUAUUUUAGGUGUUAUUGUGUUUUUUUCUGUGGACCACACUGGUCUUGUCCACUUUCUGAUUUUUAUUUUUUUUUGGGCUUCGUGAAAGCAACUUUUCAUGAAAUUAUUUAGGCAGCUGGAAUUGUUAUGAUUUGAUAUUGAUUUUGAUUAUGCAAGAGAUUUCAUUGAAGAAAAAAAAAAAAAAAAGAGAAGCAAGGGAGAACUUACCUUCAUCCCCCCAAUCUAUCAUUGUCCUCUCGCUUCAGUUCUGAUCAUAACGGGUGGCACUCCGGAGUAUUGGUGAGUUGUUCUCGUACUGAUAUUGUCACUAAUACCAAUUAUGGGUUUUUGUUUAGAUAUCUUUUUUUUUUUUUUUGAUGAAAUGUUUAGAUAUCUUUAGUUUCAAUUUUAGCUCCAAUUAAGUAUGAUUAACGAGUAAACUUUUCCGUAGAAAAUAUUAGUUGAAUCAGGAUUUCUCAGUGUUUCAUAUCAGAUUCAAAAGUCAUAUUAUCUUUUUUUGCAUGUCUAAAAUUAUAAUCCCACAUCAAUUAACCUCUCUUUAUUUUUGCAUACAGAAAUCAGUAAUCGAGUGACUGUAACUAUUGCUACUAGUAUCUUUGCGUUUGGUGAUAUUUAUUCUAAAAUAUAUAAUUCAAUUACGCAUUCAAAAAUUCCGAAGCAAAAACCAAAAGCUGCACAAAACAUAGUAGCAUCACUUUUAUUUUAUAGCAAAAUCUUUAGAAAACAACAAAACCAUUUUCUUUCAAAGGACCAAAUUGUUUGAAUUAUUGUGAAUGAUUUUACAACUAAAGUAGUAAUGUUUCUUGGCCCCUAGUUUCAGAAAUAAUGUUUGUCUUGUUACUUUUCAUCUUGCGGAAUUGCAGCAUAAGCAUACUUUUCAAGCUGGCGUGUCUUCCUUUUGUCUACAUCACUGGUCUUGCCAUAAAUAUCAGUUAUUUUGGUUAAUAAGUUUUUUUUUUUCCUUGGAAUUGCUGGCAAAUUUAAAGCAUAUUAACUUAAUUAGUUAUUGGCAUUUUAUGUGUAUGCAUGCGCGCACAUACUUAGCAUUUCUUUUGGAGUGAUUAAGUUUAUAGUUUACUUGCAUGGCAUAUUAGCAGAUUACAGAUUCUGGGGACUGAACCUUUAAUAAAAAAAUUCUCUCAAGAAAAUGCGAAAAUUUGUCGAAAACUCAGACCCACUGUAAACUGAUUGUUUUUCAAUAUUUCAAAGCACAAUCAAAUCUUAAGAAAUAUAGAAAGUAAAAAUGCUACGAGUCUCGCAUCCAAUCUGCUGUGGCACAGUUUUGUUGUUAAACCAAACCCUGCAAAACUCUGAUCUGAUUGGGCUUGUAGUUGGAAAGUAAGGAUUGCUGUCUGAGUUUGCUUGUAAGACAUGAAUGGAAUUUCCUUAAAGGCUCUCUUUAGGAUCGAUCGAUGUAAUUGCUAUCAAUCAGAGAAGUGAAGGACAUCAUUUGCCAUCAAUCAUACAUCAAAGAUAAAUAAAAGCAUUUGCGGCGUGGUACCAAUGGUUUAUCUUAUAAAUUAUACUUACUAAGCUUCAACUUUAUUACUCAUUUCUGCUUAACUUUACAUGCCUUUAGAAUACCAGAAAAAAAAAAAUUAGUCUCGUCUUUUUCUGCAAUAUUCUCAUUCUUCCUUCUCACUUUCUCUUUUGUAUAAAUUAUACAUAGUUGGAUUGUGUUGCGUGUGAUUGUCUCAUAAUCAAACUUUAAUCACUCAAAUCUUCUUUUUACUUUACAUGCAUGCCUUUAAACUAUACUUCUUUAUGCAUACGUCUCUCAGAAGAAAAACUAUAGUCUACUUCUAGCUAGGCUGACUUAUUGCAUUUGAAUUUGUUCUCUAAGUAUCAACAGUCUGUUAAUAGCUAAAAUACUGAACUCUUACUUUCAUUGAUUGGGUUCACUUACAGUUUCAAAUAUAUAUAUAUAUAUAUAUAUAUAUAUAUAUAAGAAUUUGUUCUCAAUCAUAUUCCUUGUCCGAAUAAAGAAUUUGAUGCUUGAUCUUGGGGUCAAUUGAAUUCUACAAUUUGAAAACACAUGCAAAGGCCUUCCCUUCUCCCUUCUCUUUCUUUCUUGACAUGAAUGACAUGAGUUUCAAAUUCUAUUUACUUUCAAUAAAGUGCGUGAUAGACAAUUACUUUCAAACUUGCUGCAAAUUUUCAUUGUGCAGAAGGCUGCAUAUAUACUUUAGAAGAAAAGGCUGCCAAAGAUGAGGAAAGAGAUUUAAAUUUCAUUCUAAGUUAUUAUUAGCUAGACAGUUGCACUCACCACAAAAUUGUUGGAAGCAUAUAUAGAUAUGUGGGAUUCUAAAUUUUUGUGUCUUCACUCUUUACAUUUGAUAUUAUAUUGAAUUUGCACGAGAAAUCAAUGGAAAGAAACCUCAUCCAAAGUGAAAGUCGCCAUGUCACAUAUAAUGCUUUUCUUUUCUGCUGCAAUUUUGACCAGCUAAUAUAUAUGAGCCCUGAGAUCACUUGACCAAGCCAGAGAAAUAAAGGAAACAAAAGAACAAAAACACCUUUGGAGGAUAGAAAAAUGAUUAUUUGACUGCUAUCCUAAAAGUUUGAAGGCAUUAUUAAUUAUAGACCAAUAUUGGGAGCUUAACUGAUUAAAAGGUUGAGGUAAUGAUGGCACAUCAGUUAAAAGUAUUAAAGAGGAGGAAUCGAACCAUGCCUCGCUACCAUAUCCCUUUAGGUUAUACCCUAUAUUUUUUCAAUUUUCUACCAAGGACUGUUGGGGUGGCCGAAAGUAAUGUGUUAAGCAUAGGGCAUCUGCCCGGAAACAUGCAAUGACCAAAUUUCUUAGUUAUUUGAUAAUUGCUAAAGGCCUCAGAUUCUGCAUCAGCUAAAAAGUUUCUUCAAAAUUAUACUUACAUUUCAUUAAGCCAGGAUUCCUAUCUUUUUAGUGGCUUUAUAUAUACUUUGCUUUGUUCCUGGAUAGUUUAUGCUUUUCUUUUCUUACCUUGAGAGGUAGAAAAUUCUUUAAUUAUACUUAUUGAAUUAGUUUUGAUCUGAUCUCUCUUUGAUAUUAUUCUGAGUGAAGUUGUCAAUUUGUCAAAUAUGCUAUUCCAUGUGGUUUAUGUA